GAAAAUUUGAGGAAUGGAUUGAGGAUGAGGAAAAUUAUAGAAUAACAGUAACAGAGUUUCAACGUAUAGGAGGACAAAAUUAUGCUCAAACCACGAGAAAAAUAAUGUAUAAAAUGAUAAGCAAUGAAGUUGCUAUCAUGUUUUCUUGGGAUGGAUUAAAAAAAAAGGCAUCAUUUAAAUGCCUGAAACUGGCGAAAGCUAUAUUAGAGGCUAUGAAAAUUCAAUAUAUGGAGGUAUCAGAAUCCAACAUAGUAGACGUGAUAAAAACCUUUUUGGUUAAAGCCAAGGAAAGGAUAAACUUGGGGGACAAAAAGAAGACUAAAGCUUUAGCUGAUGAAAUACAGAAAAAUUAAAAAUGUUUUGUUUUAAACCCUGUUUUUAUUAGUUUUAUGUUACUGAAUUUUAUUAUCUGUUUUUACUAGUAUUUUAAGUUGUUCAUUAGUUUUUAAACUGUUC